AUGAAGGACGCCGUCAGUAACAUUUUAGAGCAAUUUAAUAAUCGUUUUGGUAAAUACCCAAAAUUCGCCCAGUUUGAUCAAGGCACAGAGUUCUACAACAAAGAAGUAAAGUCAUUGCUCAAUAAACAUAACAUUGAAUUUUUCUCUACUUACUCAGACAAGAAGGCCGCAGUUGUGGAAAGAUUUAACAGAACACUGAAAGCUCUAAUGUGGAAAUACUUUUACAGUGCCAGUACAUAUAAAUGGUUAGACGUCCUUCAGGACUUAACUGAUAAUUACAACAGUUCAGUGAACAGAUCAAUUAAAACAACACCAGACAGUGUAAAUGAGUCCAACUGGACUAAAGUAUGGCAGACACUUUUUAGUCACAAUUUAGGCAAGCCGUCAGAACCAAAGUUUGCUGUCGGAGAAAGUGUUAUAAUCUCGAAGUACAAAUCAGUGUUCACAAAAGGGUACGAAGCAAAUUUUACGGAGGAGUUAUUCACUGUGACGGAAGUGUAUCACGGCCAUCCAAACACGUAUACAAUAAAAGACAGUGCUGAUGAACCAAUAAUUGGCAGAUUCUAUGAACAAGAACUGUAUAGCGCUGAAGGAAGAGAACCUGAUUUCAGAAUAGAGAAAGUAAUAAGAAGAAGAACAUUGAAGGGUAAAAAGAUGGCUCUCAUUAAGUGGUUAGGUUAUGAUGACAAAUUUAACAGUUGGAUACCAGCUGGAGACAUCAAGUCCCUAACAUAAGUUAAAGUAUUAUGGAGGACUACGAUGACCACGAUGAUAUUGAGUUGGAGGAGACGGAAAAAAGUUAUCCUCAAUAUGAUGACCUCAAUUAUGAUGACCUAACGACAGCCUUUAAUGAGUUAGAUACAAGGGUGAAGGAUGAGGCUAUGUAUGGUAAUGAUCCUAUAGUGAUAACCAAUCUUAAAAGUGAACUGGACUAUGUAAAGAGUCUCAUGAGGUCACGAGAAAUAGUUAACAGAAUUACAGAAUCCUUAGAGGAAAUCGCAAGACUUAAAGAGCAGGAAACAACUUUCACCGAAGGAAAUGAUGGUACAGUAAACAUUUCAGGUCCAUCAGGAAGCACGACCGCCCCAGGAGUAGAUUUCGUAGAAGACCCAAACAACUCACUUCCAGAUGUUCUAGAUGCAUUCGACGAAUCAUUUGACACUAACUGGGAUGAAAUAGAAGCCCGCCUGGAGAAACUGAAAAAGUUCUCAAAAGACAGGCUCACAGCAAGUAAAAAGAGAGAUUUUGAAAAUCAAGUAGAGCGUGUUCAAGCUGUCGCAAGAGUUAUCAAAAAUAAGGAGGGACUAGUACUAGACCCAAAGAAUAAAUAUGUCAGGGAACUCAUAAAACGAUCAUCUGUAAGAACACUCAAGGAUGGCAUGGAGGUGUUGGUAUUUAGAAGUGAACAAGGUAUUGACAAAAGUGGCACACAAAUAAUGAAACGUGGUAAGACCAGAAACCUGUGUACUCAAAGGACUCACUUGCAUUGAGAGAAUACAAGGACCUUCUAAAGAAAAUCAAAGAGGUACCUACGGAUCCUGACGCUAGAAUUACAAGUGAUGAGGAUACCAGAGAAGAGCCGCAAUUUGAUACCAGUGACGAGGAAUACGCUGACCGUGAGAACAUUGAGUUAAUAGAUAUAAGUGCAAAAUUAGGAGACCUUCCAGGGCUAACAAUGCAAGAAAACAAUGAACUGAGAGGUGUUCUUAACCCACCUGAUGGAUCAAGCAUAGAAGGCAGAACAGGUCCCAAUGGAGCGUUACAAGUCCAGGCUGACUACUUUAAUGAAGCUAUUGGUGAAACCGUGGAACGUGCCACCUCUGCGGAAGGUACAACUGAGUACAAUUCCCUCCUAGAAAGAAUUGACAGUUUGAAGGAAGCUAGAGAUAGGACACUAGAGCAGAGAACAGUAGAGGAGGCAAGAGAGGCACAACUAAAGGACAUUUCUAGAUUACGCAAGUUUGUGAAAUGGUUAGGGGAGGAAAAGGUGGGUCUAACUGGAAUAGCAAUAUCAACAGCAGGUCUAAUAACAACUCUUCUUGUACAUGCUAGGGGAGCUAUUGUAAAGACGGCAAAGGUCACUGGUAAAGUAGCAAAAGCAUUAGCAAAUUUAGCAAAGAAAGCAGGGCCAAUCCUAGUUCCAAUCCUGAACGCAAUUGCGACUGCGCUAUCAUGGGGAGCCAAAGGAAUUGCCUGGUUAGCGUCACACUUAUGGGUAUUAGCUGUAACUGCUGCCUUAAUUGUGUACAACUAUUAUAGUAAGUAA